CACUGCGAUAUCUUCCUUCUUUGCAUCUCGACUAUCAACCCCUCCUUCCUCAGCAUUAGACAUUCCACAUCUCCCACUACCAUCAAGCAUGUCUCUCCUUCGCUCCUCCCUCUCCACCUUUCGAGUGCUCCCAAGCACCUCCUCGGCCCGUGCAUGCGCAACCGUCAGCUCGUCCUCCCCGGCUUUCUCAACUAGUGUGAGACGCCAGGCAGAUCCGGCAGAGAACAGGAAGAACAGUGAAGGAACUAUGCCCGGCUCGGGAUCGACUGAGGAGAUUGCAGAUUCAGAAGGCGCCUUUUCAGCCAGCGAAACCCGUCCUGACGAAGCCGGCAAAUCCAUCAGUCGCGAGAAGCCCGGUGUGGAAAUGGACUCCUCUGCCGCCUCUAAUGAUAAUGCAGACCGAACUGCCAGUGAAGGUAACAAGGAGACGACCAAGUCUGCCAAUGGAACUAACCCACCUCCUUCUAAGGAGAAUUUGGGAGCUAGUAAAGCUAGAAAGGAACAGAAGUAGGAAUGGAAUUAAAGAAGAGGAGAGAGGGAACUGGAGCUGGAGCUGGAGCUGCAGGAGACUGCGAGUGGCGGACAGAAGAUCUCAGGGGGCAAAGCCCUUCCAGACAUAGGUACAUCUACAUGCAAUCGUCAUUCUACGCAAUCGUCAUUCCAUUAUCUACUAGAUCCAUGGGGUAUUAAGUGGUAGGGUAGUACUGUAUCGAAGCGCUCGUAAAAGAUCGUGACUGGGUGACAAAAGAGACAGUGUUCAAGGUGACUAGAAGCCCAUUGUGCAUUCUCCCUCCCUCUCCUAUACCUAAUCUGCCUGGAU